AUGGCCAAUAGCGUUUUGGUCACGGCAGUCACACAAUCUCCGUCUCGUCGCCAACUCUUUGACGUUUCAAAAAUGCCUCCAAACGGAGCCGAAUGGUUGCAAGAAGCUGACGCCAUCUAUUUAACAGCAAUAGCAAUCGCGACACUUGCUGUUAUAGCUGUGCUGGCGAUGACGUUUCUACACCUUUAUUAUAUCUAUCAUUACAUCAGCAAUCAAUCAAUUCAGGAUAAUAUGUACUAUAUUACACUCCUUUUACCGGUGAGUUUUAUACCCCUCUAG